AUGCGAGUUCUCCUCAUUUCCACAAUCCUUUUUUCGAUUUCCAGUUGCUGCCAGUUGAAGGAUUUCUUACCAUGUGUCGUCCAGCUUAACACUCAAAAAGUCGGUUUUGAUGUGAAUCCAUUAAAUGUGAUAUUCAAUAUAACUUCUGAAGCGAAGUUAAUGCACACAUGCAAGACGUUUGGCAGAGUAUUUCCAUGUUUCGACCAAAGAAUUUCAAUGUGUGGAACUCCCCUUCAGAAAUCGCAGUUAGACAGGGGGAAACGACUUCACACAUACCUAUGCGCUCCAUUCUCCUUGCAAAGACAAAAAAUUUUCCUCAAACAUAGCCAAUGUAUUCAAACAAUCAUUAAAAAUGAGCAAAUGGGUGAUUGCGAUAAAACCGGCACUAUUUACCAAGAGAAGCUCCAAUCUUGCAGAAAAAUGUGCCCCAGUGGUCCAUGUCAAGCAAGAGUUGAACUAUCUGAAGUCGCCGCUUGCACGAUUUUGAAAAUUGAGAAUCAUUGUUCGAAAGAAGCUGCCGAUUUUUUCGCGCAGAUGCAACAGGUGUUGACAAAUAGGGAAUAUCCCGUACAAUGCCAAUAUGAUGUGCAACCCUCCCCAGUCCUUCUAAAAAAGGGCCUUCCAUCGGAAUCGAUCAAGCCGGAGACGCCAGUGGUGCCUGAUGCUUCCUCAACACUCAUAACCGUAUAUCCCUCAAAACCCGACAACGCUCCAGACGUUAUUGAUGGUAUUUACACGAGGACAAGCAUUCCCAUUAUGAGGCGAACUGAUCCCAAUUCCAAGGCAAAUCAGAGGACGAGAAUCGGUGUGACCCCAACGCUCCCCGUCAUCAAGACGGUUAUUGUUGACACAAAAAAUAUGAGAAGUCCGCCGAGAAAUGAUGUUGUUCAAAAGUUUCUGCCAAACCCCUACACUACCACCACCAUUGUUCCCACCAUUGCCACCACAGCGGCAAAAACGGUUAGGACGCCAAUUUUGAUGAAAGAGCAAGUGGCGAUAAAGGAUCAAGUGAGAACAACAAGGACGAUUCCAGCGACGCUUUCAACUAGAAAAUAUACACCUUGGAGUUUCAAAAAUGCCGAGAAAAAUACGUUGACUCCGCCCACUUUGGCACAAAAUGGGAUUACAAAAAUUACAGAGUCUGUUAUUUCAUCGCCGCCAGUCGCUUUUAAUUUGAAUUUGCCACCUGAUGCCACAUCUCAGCAACCAUUUAAAGUUGAAAUCAACUGGAUGGAUGAUGCAACAAUAGAAGACGAAGGAAAGUUUGUUUCCCCAUGGUAUAUUCGAUCAACGCCGUUCCUUCGACCCCCUGAGGAGUUUGUGUUCACAACUCCAAGAACACUGACCUCAAUCAAUCCGCUACUCUCGCAACUUCAAAGCCAAUCGCUGAAUUUCACCGAAAUUGGUCAGCAAGCCAAUAAUUAUUUCUCAGCUGCUCUUAAUGCGUUCACCGACUCAAAAAACGAGAUGACUCAAAACGAUCCAUGGAGGAAGCUGAUUGAUGCUGUGGCUCCAACGAUACAAAAAGUCUCUCCCGAUAUAAUUCCAAGAAUUCGAGAAGAAAUUAAUCGCAUCCAACCUAAUUAA